UGUGUGCAUGCGUGUGUGUGUGUGUGCGUGUGUGCGUGUGUGUGUGUAUAAAGGUCGGCGGCAGACGAGCAGCGGCAGACGAAAAUAAACCACAGACAGACGAAGACGAUGGACAUCCAGACAAGUCCGGUCGUCCGUCCGCUCAGCGCCAUGGAGAAUCUGGAGAAGCAACUGAGUUGUCCGAUUUGCCUGGACAUGUUCACGAAGCCCGUGGUCAUCCUGCCGUGUCAACACAACCUGUGUCGCGGCUGCGCCAACGACCUCUACGAGUCCAAGAACCCGUACCACUACUCCGGAGGAACCUUCCGCUGCCCCACCUGCCGCUUCGAGGUGAUGCUGGACCGCCACGGCGUGUUCGGGCUGCAGAGGAACCUGCUGGUGGAGAACAUCAUCGACAUGUACAAGCAGCAGCAGGAGAGUCGGGGCGGCGGCGAGGACCCGCCCCUGAAGGACAAAGACGCCAAGGAGCCCAAGUGUAAGGAGCACGAAGACGAACGCAUCAACAUCUACUGCGUCAGCUGCCAGACGCCAACCUGCUCCAUGUGCAAGGUGUUCGGGCAGCACCAGGACUGCGAGGUGUCGCCGCUGCUUGCCGUCUACCAGAGCCAGAAGAGCGAGCUGUGCGCCGCCGUGGAGCAGCUGGCCGCAGGAAACGGCUGCGUCCAGGCCGCCGUGGCCCAGAUGGACGACACCUGCAAGGUGCUCCGGGACAACGGGGAGCUGCAGAGGAGGCGUCUGGGCGAGAGCUUCGACCUGCUGUACGCCAUCAUGGAGGAGAGGAAGGCUCAGCUGCUGGAGCACAUCGGGCGCGAGGAGCAGGACAAGAUGGCUGCCCUCAGGGCGCUCGGCGAGCGGUACAAGCAGCAGCUGCAGCUCAGCAACCAGCUGCAGGAGAAGCUGCAGCAGAACGUGCAGCGCUGCGGCGCCGCAGAGUUCCUCCUCGCCGCCAAGCAGUUGAAAGAGGACGUGCAGCAGGCGGCGAGCGGCGAGGAGCUGCGGAGACCCGAGCCCGGGUACGAGAGCAUGGAUCACCUGAGUCUGGACACGGAAAAAGUGGAGGCGCUGCUCGCUCGGGUCGACUUCAGACGGGACAGCGACGAAGACCAGGAGUAAAGAGAGAGGAAGACCAGGAGGAAGAAGACCAGGGGGGCGACAGAAAUCCCCGACAGGAGACAGACUGUCCACAAACUUCACCGGAGUCGUGCAAUUUUUUCACAAAGAUUUUAAAUGAUUGUAUUUUUUAUACUUUUGUAUUCUGAUGUUUUAUUUUGUCUCUUUGUGAAACUGAAAACUUGAAGUGUUGAAACUGUAAACGUCUUCAGGUGCCAAUAAAGUUUGAUUUCAUCGUUGA